AUGCUCGAACUCAGUACAUUUCGGACCACUCACACGUAUGUCUAUAUCCACACGGGGGUCUACAGAAAGAAUCAGCGUGGUCUAAACGGCGGUAAAGAUUUUGCACCUGAUUACUUGGAGACCAUCUACAAUGCCAUCAGAGACGACGAGAUCAUCAUGCCAGACGAGCAGGAGGGGGCGGCAUACGAGAAUUAUCAGUGGGCACAGAUCUUGUCUCGGUCGGAGAAGCCCAUGUACGGCAGCUACAUCAGCGCUAACAGUCGCAGUGACUUUGACAGAGAUGUGUUCCUGAUUGUGUGGAAGCCAGUCAUUGCGGCGGUCAAGUAUAUCUUCGACACGGCCACUACCGAUACUUUGGUGCAGAGGGCUAUCAAUGGGUUCCAGAAGUCGACAACGCUGGCGGCGUCGUAUGGGCUGAGUGAAGUGGUGGAUAAGAUGGUUAUCAGUCUAACCAACUUCACGUCGUUGCUGGCCAGUGAUGAUGCGGCGAAAGGGUAUGAAUGGGCGACUCUAUUCUUGCGCGCACGCACAGACAUGCAAAUGGUUGGUGGUUAUGGGUCAUGGGUCAUGGGUUAUGGUUAUGGGUUAUGGUUUAUGGUAUAUGGUUUGGGGAUUCUGGUUUAUAUUUAUGGUUUAUACAUUCUGGUUUAUGGUUAUGGUUUAUGGUUCAUAGGUUAUGGUUAUGGUUCAUGGUUUAUGGGAUAUGGUUUAUGGGAUAUGGUUUCUGGUUUCUGGUAUAUAGUUUAUGGAUUUCGGUUUGAUUCAUACGCAUCUUGCAUGGAUGUAUGGGAGUAG